AUGGGAGAGAAUCCUCCUCAACCAUUGUUAAGAGACUAUGACCACCCCAACGCAUUCCAACUUCGGAGUGGCAUACGUCUUCCCACCACGAAUGCAAACAACUUUGAACUUUCACCUCAACUCAUCCGUAUGAUUCAAAGCGAUCAAUUCGGAGGUAGUCCUCAUGAGUGUCCUUUUGCUCAUUUGGACAACUUUCUUGAGUUGUGUACAACUAUCAAGCAAAACAACAUUUCGGAAGAGUUCAUCCGUAUGCACAUGUUUCAAUUCUCCCUCCGUGAUAAAGCAAAACAUUGGUUGAGAACGGUUGAAGAGGGAUCAUUGAGUACAUGGGACGAAGUCACUAGAGCCUUUCUUGGAAAGUAUUGUCCUCCGGAAAAGACCGCCGAACUAAGAAGAAAGAUCACCAAUUUCAAUCAAGACAUUGAUGAAACAUUGAGUGAAGCUUGGGAGCGUUUCAAAGAUUACACAAGGAAAUGCCCCCACCAUGGUUUUACAUCAUGGAUCAUUGUACAAAGCUUCUAUGACGGUCUUACUCCUAUUUCAAGGGCCAACCUUGAUUCCGGGGCCGGUGGUAGCCUCAAAAAGCUAUCGGUGGACGAUGCAUACAAGAUGAUUGAAGAAGUGGCCAAGCAUUAUGCAUAUGGAGGUGAUAGAAGGCAACCUCAAACAAAGAAGGGCGGAAUUCAUGAUCUUAGUGCAAUAGAUCUUAUUGCAUCAAAGUUUGAUAUGCUAGCUCACAAGCUAGAUCAAGCCACCCUCACACCUCAAGCUCUUCCUCGCAAGUCAUGUCUUGUGAGAAUUGUGGAGGAAAUGAUCACUUGUCCUCUUAUUGCAACUCAACGAAUCAAGAGCAAGCGGCGGCAAUUGGGCAAAGGAAUGAACAAUACUCCCAAUCCCACAAUCAAAGUUGGAAGCCCCAACAUAACACGGGAUGGAAGCAAUACAACCAAGGCCCCCCACAAAAUAACUACAACCAAAAUCAAACCCAACCUCAAAACCACUACAACCAACCUCAAUCACAAAACCAACAAGCUCCAUACCGCCAUCCCAACCAAAGGGAUCAAAACCACCAAAGAUCACAAUAUAACCAACCCGCUCCUCCUCCUCCACCUCCUCAAAAGACUAGCCUUGAGUCCGUUCUUGAAACUUUCAUGA